AUGGCUUUCCCUCUGAUCAUAGCCCCCAAGAUGAUCAUAGCGGUUCAGCGCGUACUCACCACGCCAGAGCUAUUCUGUCGCAUUUUCGACUUUCUCGAGGACGGAGUUUACCCCGACGAGAUGUCCUUACGCUACGAUCGCCAUACCCUGGCCCGAUGCGCCAGUGUCAACAUCCUAUGGUGCCAAGAGAUCAUGCAUAGAUUCUGGGCUCGCCCCGUGGGAGGAAUGACUGGCCUUCUUGGACACCCUCACUGCGUCAAUCGAUAUCGUCGACAAUUCUACGCCAACUUUGUGAUGCGGCUCAAAAUGACAAGCAUGCCGGACUCGACUAUCUCGCGGUGCAACACCGACCUGAGGGGCCUGUCCUUUCCUCACCUGGAGGUCCUACACCUGAAAAUCCGAACCAGGGGUGCCAAUAUCCCCAGACUCCAUGCCCCAGCGCUGGAGGUUCUGCACAUCACCCUGUGUAUCGACCCGUUUGAGCGUGUGGAGGGACCGGUUGAAAUGAAGGGCCUGUCUCGACUGAUCAAGGUUGGACUCCCCAGCCUCAAGCUGAUCAGAUUCGACUGUCUCUUCAAGGUGAAUGAUGAUCUGCUGGUGGAUCUUCAUCGCCGUUUCCCCCAUGUUGUGGUUGUUACGGAGCUUGACCCUGUACCUAAGAUCUAG